UGACAUUGCGAAAUUCCCAAAUCUUGUGUCACCCAAUCUAACCACACUUUUUGUCAUAAAAAAUCAAUAUGAGUUUAACGGGGCGCAAUAAGACCAGUAUUUUGGAUAAGCCCCUGAGUCGGGGCAAGGGCGAGGUGUCUUUAAGCUGCUUUGCUUUGCUCUUUUCGGAAGUUGUGCAAUAUUGUCAAAAUAAAUCUCACACGGUUCCGGAGCUCCAGAACAGAUUGCACGAGUUGGGGCGCAGAGUCGGCGUGAAACUGAUCGAUCUUUACUUCCUUAGAGAGAGAAAUGGCAAACGGGAGAUCAAGUUAUUAAAUAUCCUCCUGUUUGUUAAAUCAACUUUGUGGAAGGCGUUGUUUGGGCGCGAAGCUGAUAAAUUAGAGCAUUCCAAUGAUGAUGAAAACACCUAUUAUUUGAUGGAAAAAGAGCCCCUAGUCAAUAGAUUUAUUUCGGUCCCGAGGGACAAAAGUAGCCUGAAUUGUGCUGUCUUCAUCGCCGGGAUAAUCGAAGCCGUACUUACGGGAACAGGCUUUACGGCUAAAGUGACAGCGCAUUGGCACAAAGGAACGACAUACAUGGUGAAAUUCGAUGAUACUGUCGUAAGCAGGGACAAGCAACUCGAGGAGAGAUAAUUUGUUGAUUUUGUAUAUUUUUCAAUAAAUUCCUUUUUCCUCAA